CGAGUAUUGUUAGUAAUGGACAAUAAACACACACAAAAGGGAUAAAUCCAUCCAAAUUAAAGAACACCCAAAGAUUGUAUGAAUAUAAAAACACACAUAGCUCCCAAAAAAGAACUUGUCUUUCAUUCUCAUCUCUUUCACAAACCCCCCAAUCUCCAACAAGAAGAGACCUCUCUCUCUCGUAUAACUCUAAUUCUCUCCACCACAGAAGUCACACGUGUUAUCUUUCUUCAUCACCAUGAGCUCCUCCCCGGUCGUGAAAGGCCUGACCGACGAGGAGCACAAAAACCUCGAACAGGUUAUCAAAACUUACCAUCGGUUCGAACCAGACCCAACUACUUGCACUUCUCUCAUAACCCAACGCAUCCAGGCUCCCGCCUCCGUGGUUUGGCCUCUCAUCCGCCGCUUCGACAACCCUGAACGCUACAAACACUUCGUCAAAAGCUGCCGUCUUAUCUCCGGCGAUGGAGGCAUCGGAAGCGUCCGAGAAGUGACCGUAAUCUCCGGCCUCCCAGCGUCCACCAGCACCGAGCGGCUAGAGUUCGUUGACGAUGAGCACCGCGUUCUGAGCUUCAGGGUCGUCGGUGGUGAGCACCGGCUCAAGAACUACAUAUCAGUGACGUCGGUCAACGAGUUCUUGGAUCAAGACUCAGGUAAGGUCUACACGGUGGCUCUUGAAUCUUACACCGUUGAUAUACCCGAUGGGAACACAGAGGAAGACACAAAAAUGUUUGUGGACACUGUCAUCAAACUCAAUCUUCAGAAACUCGGAGUUGUCGCCACAGCUGCACCUAAUGCAUGAUGAAUAAUUUUCAAGGAUUGUAAUUAUAUCACCGUUCAAAUUGAGUCCACUAUAUUAAAGGUUGUUAAAAAACGGUAAGCAUUGAAUUGCAAUUAUUAUAUUUUUCCAGUUAGUACAAAAUAAUAUAAUAAUUUUUUUGUGUAUAAGAAAAGGAAUCUAAUGGUCUAGAUUCGUGUAGAAGUUCUUUUGCCUUUCAUUUCUUUAAACUUUAAAGUGCUGGAAAAGAGAAGUGAGUCACAUUAUGCAUGCAGCCAUGUACUACUUCCAAUGGUUGUGUCUCCACAAGUUGUUCUACCUUUUCUGAUAGAAAGACAAAUACUGUUUUUCUAUUUCCCUUGUUGACAAUCUUUAAAUUAUACAUACACACUCUUGAUAUUUUCUUGU